CAAGCAAUGUUCAGGAUAUUGUAUUAUUAGUGAUUACAGCAGAUGGCAAAAUUUGUGUCACUUAAAAGAAGUAAAAGCGAGCAGGAUUUAAACGAUUCGCAAACAUCGGAGGAGAAAACACACACUGGGAUUAAACUUCUGGUUCAGUUAGCUGAGGGCGACCUUCCGGUACUUGAAUUUCUGAACGACUAUAUACAAGACUUUUUAGACGGCAGUUACCAUGGAAACACGGAAUUUUACCUGCGAUCUCAUCAAUUUGUCUCACAACUGGAGCAGUUCUACCGCGGAAAGAACUCCCAGUGCCCAUAUUAUCUUAUAUCCUUUUUCCGGCACAUCAUUACUCUUGUAUCAGAAACGUUGUUUCUUUCUGCGUCAAGUGACGUUUGUAAAGUUGCGGUAGACUCAGUCGUCGUUACUUCACAAAGGGUCAAGGUCAGAUUACGAGAUUUACAAGCAAACGUGGCUGAAAUUCAAGACUUGAUUAUAAAACUAGAAAUUGAUAUAAUUAGGCAUUUAAAAGACAGUAAACUCAAACUGAGCAAAUAUGGCGGUUACUUCGACGAUGUGAGACGCCGAUGAAGGAUGUUACCAUGGCAGUAGAAAAGAAAGCGCUCGCUGACAGGGGUUUCUUUCAGAAAGCAUCUAUGGGAAUAGGGGCAGUGUGU